AUGUCUCAGCUGAUUGGAAUCCCCACGGGCGGCCUGGCUUUCCAGCUGGGCUUGGGUAUCUUGAAGAAAUACGCCUCCUUCAUAGGGCCGGGCAUCAUGGUGUCGGUUGCUUAUAUGGACCCUGGUAACUACUCCACUGCAGUUUCCUCUGGUGCCGAUUACGAGUAUAGUCUUUUGAUUAUCAUUUUCCUUAGUAAUUUGUUUGCUGUGGUGUUGCAGUGCCUUUGUGUGAAACUAGGCACGGUUACUGGCCUUGACUUGGCUGAAAUGUGCCGUUUGAACUUACCCUGGUGGCUUAACUUGUUUUUGUACGUUUGUGCUGAGAUCGCCAUUAUAGCUACAGACUUGGCUGAAGUGGUGGGCACUGCUAUUGCUUUGGAAAUCUUGUUUGGCAUUCCUUUGGUUUUUGGCGUGCUUAUUACUGUUCUUGAUGUGCUCAUCAUCUUGUUCGCAUAUCAUAAGGAUGGAAACUUGCGUCAAACUAGGACUUUUGAGAUCAUGGUUUCGAUCUUGGUCGCCGCUACCUGUGUCUGUUUCGUCGUUGAACUUUUCAAAUGUGACUUCGAACCAGGCUCUUUUGGUAAGAUUGUUGAAGGUUUCUUGCCAGUCAACAUGGAGGUUUUCACAGAGUCUAGAGCUUUGUUCUUGAGUUGUGGCAUUGUCGGAAGUACCGUUAUGCCUCACUCUUUAUAUCUUGGAUCAUCUUUGGUCCAAUCACGUUUGAAGGAUUACGAUAUUAGGAACGGAAACGUUUCCAUCAAUCUGGACGGAGAAGUGGAAAAUUCUGGUGAUGAACAAAGCGAUGCCCUUGCUUUGAGCCAGAACAAGUUUCUCGCUAUUUCCGACGGCUCAAGCCUUGCUCGGAAGUAUCGUCCUUCUUAUUCUGCAAUCAAGUAUUGCUUGAACUACUCAUACAUCGAGUUGAUACUCUCUUUAUUUAUCAUUGCAGUGUUUGUUAACGCGUCCAUUUUAAUUGUUGCUGGUUCUACAUUAUACGGGAAGCCUGAUGCUGAUGAUGCCGACUUGUUGUCGAUUUAUGAAAUGUUGUCUCAUUACAUAUCGCCAGCUGCCGGUUUGAUCUUUGCAUUGUCAAUGCUCUUCUCGGGUCAAAGUGCUGGCAUUGUCUGCACUAUGGCCGGACAGAUUAUCUCAGAAGGCUUCAUUAAUUGGUCGUUUAAACCUUGGAUUCGUCGUAUCAUAACUCGAGUCCUAGCAAUCAUCCCUGUGUUGAUUGUGAUUAUAAUUUUGGGACGCGAAGGUGUCGCUACCAUUAUGAACUCAUCUCAAGUGGUUUUGAGUUUUAUUCUUCCUGUUGUCAGUGCUCCUUUGAUUUGGUUCACCGCCAACCGCAAGUACAUGGCGGUUAAUGAUAUCAAUUCAGAGGCUCCUGAUGAACAGACGGCGUUAUUAUCGGAUGAGGGGGAUGGAGCCAAUGGCUCCACCCAAAAAUUAGUGUUCUUUGAGAACGGGAGGUGGUUGAAUGUGGCUGCUUUUAGCACAUGGCUUAUCAUUACCUUUUUAAACAUUUACUUGGUUUACCUUUUCUCCAUUGGAAUUGAGGUUUAA